UCUCCUUAACUACUCAAAUAGUUACUAGGAUACACCAUCGAAUUCUGCAGGAAGAGAAUGCAGAAACUCACUUUUCUUUUGCAGAACCUCAUUUUCCUCUCUACCUGAUGGUUCUAAGGUAUUAGACAACCUCAAAAACUCUGGAGACGAAGAUGAAAACAAUAUUUACUUGCCGGGUCAUAGGUGAAGAACUCAAGAGGUGAAGAUGACAAAAGCGCUCAAUCAAGUCAAGGAAAACAUGAAGUACUUGGCAAAACUGAACAGUUCAUUGACUCACUAUACAGCAAGGCUCCUGAAGUAUCAAGGAUUCACUUUCAGGAUUAACUGAUUCUGCAUCGAUUUUAUUUUUUAUUGUCUGUUUCCAUUCCAUCUUUCAGAAUUUUUGAAUUUAUUGAGAACUUUCCCUUAAACUAAAUAAAUGAUCCAGCUGGGUGUCUUUAAAACAUUUGACAAUGUGGAUGAUCUAUGGGGUUCCUUCUUAAGCUUAUCUCUUAUUGGCCUGAUAUCAGGCUCAUUUUUAGAAAUUUAUUAUGACUUUAUUACCUAGGUAGUAUUAGAUUCGUUUUAGCUUUCA